UUUUAGCACAAAUCUCUAAUCUAUCUAGAGAAUUAAAAAUGGAUGAAAAAUUAAUCCCCGUCUUCUCAAAGAAAAUCUUACCUUAUUAUGGCUACUAUCUUGAGAAUCGGUUCGUGCUAACCAAUCUUUGCAAGAAGACUUACGAUCAUUAUAUGUGGCAUAAACACCUAUACGGCAAGCAUACACUUGGGUGGCACCCAACCAUAGUCGAGAUAGACUCCUUUGAAGUAGAGCAAAGUGAACAAACAAGGUCAAAAAUUCUGGGUUCUUACUGAUAUCUAAAUUUCACACUUGAUUGGGAUGAUGAUCUUGACAAAUUCAUCAGAUUUUACAAAGACUUGAAAGUAGCAGAGGUCAAGACUCCACAUGGGUCUCACCCUCUGCUCGGAAUUAACUCAAGAGUCUAUCUGGGCAAGCCUUUUUCGUUGAUAUUUAGUCAAUGUAAUCUACAAAACCCGUGAUAGGCAAUGUCUGAAGUUCCAGCCAAAAUUUGAAGAAGACCCAUUUGGACCUACUCCUGAGACUCAAAUUAUCCCUCUGAAAGUGCCAAAGAACCAUGUUUUCAGUACGAAUCCUGACCUCGAAGCAAGCGGCGAUCAAGUAACCCCUCAGCAUUUAUCGAUGUACCAACAAUUUUUGGCUUACGGUACAAAGUACCUGCAAGAAAGUGGAAUGCUUGAUUUCUUUUAUAAAGAGUUCAGAGGUGUCCAAAACACUGACUCUAACAGAUGAGGAGAGUUCUAUUACAUCUCAUUUCAGCCUUACUACCAUAACUUAUUUGCAUCUUUGAGGCCAAUGAAGAUAACUGGAAGAUGUAUAAUCAUUCCCAAAAGAGAUUUCUACUAUUACUACUUAACUUCUCCUCAGACAAUCCCAGCAGAUUACCUGAAGACAGUACAAGAAGUAAUGUUGCAUUCUGAAAAUUUCAACCAGAAACCUAUGGUAGCCAUACAGGAUUUAACCCAUAGAAAUUUCAUGAAGAACAUCACAUUUGAGAAGAAAUGAGACCUCACCCUCUGUCCUGACUAUAUAUCUCAGUACUGGAUGUGUACCCUUCUAGAUAAGUCACUAUUUCCCUACCUCUUUGAUGAGCGGAGUGAGCAAUUUGCUGCUAAAAACCUGACUCUAGACCGCUUGAAGGAAGACAAAGCUACCUUCAAACUAAACUUAGUUAAUACUUACGUAUAUUUUCAACAAAAUAGCCUUACAGAUACCACAGGCUACACCACUGACUUCACAGCGUUCAGGAAGGUGAAAUGUAGCCAGGCUAUUCUCAAAACGAGGUACUUCAAGAGCAUCGGCCAUUACUGUAAGCCAAUCUACAGACAAGAAGUGUCCAAAUUUCUGUCUUUUUACGAUAUCAGCUCCCUAAAACUGAAGGACUUCCAAGCCUCUGAGGAGAUUUGUAAAGAACAAGAUUACGAAUUCAUUGAGUACCUCGAGAGAAAUAAGGCAAAACAUGGGAAAUCCGUCAUUGUAAACUACUCUGGCUUAUGAUGAGACAGGUGGAACAUAAUCAUCCCACUAGAAUCAGUGACUUAUCAUGAAUCGGUGUUCAAGCCUUGCUUGAAGAAAUUGAUGAUACCUGCACAGACAACCAGGAUUAGCUUCACUCAGUCAAACAAGUUUUAUAUAUCUCGAGCAAUCCAGUAUAUCCAAAAUCUCAAAAGAUAUUUCCCUGAUUCAGAGAUUGAACUGCUUGUCAAAACUCCAAGGAAAGAGCUUGUGUGGAAAGCCCUCGAGCCUUUUGCUCAAGAGUGGUUCAGACCUUAGGCUGAAGACAUCAUUGGCAGAUUAUUUCACUCCAGAUUUUAAUUCA